CAAUCGAGGCGCGUCGCGCGUCGCGCAUCGCAAUUCUGAGAGGGGCUUGCAAGGGCGAAAAAAAAGGGGGGGGAGGGGCCGACGUGGGACUUUGUGGGCUGCAAGUUGCACAUCUUCUUGAUGGAAUGGGUCCAUCCAUGUUGCUGCCCUUGCAGGUGUACAAACGGCUCCAAGCGAUCGUGAAUGCUGGGCUUGCGUGUUUGACAAGGAGCGAAAAUGUACGUACCCGUACCGGUAUGCAUGUUGCGCUUCACCCACCAUUCAUUCACCUUCCCAACGAGCAACGCAAAAAAAAGUCUCCUUUUAAAAAUUGAAACUUUUUGGCCCUCUUUUUUUGGACACUAUUCCUUUUCGACCAAAUUUGCGACCUUGCGUGCCAAAAGGCACAUUCAAAUUGCCACUCUUUUCUUGCAUCCCCAUACUUCUGCUAUCCUUUUUCUUCCUCUUCCGAAGUUUUUUUCAUGCGCGCAGCUACCAGCAAGGCUAAUCACACGUCUGUUGGCUGGCGUAUGCAACAAGAGUGGCUUCUUCUUCUUGCCCUCACUUUUUCCUGUUCUGUCGCAUGAUUGGUGCAUGUACACGGCCGUGCGACACACAGGCAAGCAUGACGAUGACGAUGACGAUGCUCCAUCCCCCCGUUCAUCUUGUUCAGUCUUGUCUUGCAGAAUGCCUCGCCCUCGAGAGGCUCUUCCGAGCUGAGCUGAGCUUCGCGCUCUGGCUCCAAACCUCCACUCCACUCGACCAUUCCAUCCCUGUCCCGCAGUCAAGAGUAUCGCGCACCGUGCGUUCGGUGCAUACGACAACAACACGCGUCUCCUCCUUGCACCUCUCAAAAGUCCCAACCUGCGUCCGCGCGUCGUUUGCAUGCCGCCACCUGCUUGCUUCAGACGUCGUCGUCGUCGUGCCCUUCGCCUUUCGCUCGCGAUUCAAGAAUCGCAAAAGCAUGCGCUUCUAUCACAAUCACAGAUCAAAUCGUGAGACGGUGAGCCCUGAUGCCAGGACGGUAUUCGAUGGCGUGCACAUCGCUUCGUAGAGGAGGGACAAAGGUGCGUCUUAGUCGACGGGCCAAAAGCGACCUAGCGGGUUGUCCAGAUGAUUCCCUUGUUCCUCGCAGUCGCACAGUGCACAAAGUCCGCUUCGACAUCUUGGCACAAAAACGAGAGGUCGAUACAAACGGUACGACAAAGGACCUGCGAGGGAGUACGUGAGAAAGAAGAACAAAGGGUGAAAUGAUGUGAGGUGCGGGAGGGGUUGGGACAGAUGUGCGGCACGCAAGCACGAGUCAGCCAAGCGCCUCACUGCGAUCAUUGCAAGUCGAUGCCAAACGAAAUCAAGUCCAAGCAAGCUGUGCAAGAUUCAUGCGAGAAGGGCGAUGCAAGAGUCGGGCGCGCGCAAAGUCCCUUCUUCGAAAAGCGCAACGUUGCCCCCAUGACGCGCCUGCAACAGUGUGGGUCUCCCUUCAGAAACCAAGAGUAGUCACGCGUCGAGUUCCCACUUCUACCCUCGAAAGAGGGCACAAGAGGCGCCAUCGAUUGCACUGAAGCCUCGAGGGGAAAGAAGUACUCUUCCUCUCUCGGCAUCCUCCUCUCCAAUCUCCACGACCUUAAGCGAGGGAGAAUCACCAGAAAACGAUCCUAAAGACGUGUCGUUUGCGUCCCAUGACCAGGAGAAUCGUUCGAUGCAUGGUCCUGGAAGAUGGAGGAGACCCUGACGCUCCGAAAGGAGCGUGCAACAUCUUUGUCUGUCUGCUUUGAGACAAGGUUCGCAAGACAACCCUAAGGUGAUUCCCCACAUUUCGACUUUUCGUCAUCUAUCUCUUGACCCUAUCCGAGCUGCAUGUCAGCCUCGUCCUCUUCCCGCCGAGCACCUCCGAACGGCAACGACGAGUCCGCGCCACUAAGGGAGGCCCAACUCAAUUUCAUUCUCUAUAGUGGGAUUACACCACGUUCCCGCCACGCAACCCCAUGAAGCCUCGCGACUGUCGCUCUCCGCAAAAAAAGAGCGACCCGCUCGGUACAAUCUUUCCCUUGGUCAACCACGGUCCCAAACAGAACCGCUUCCAAACCGCAACAACCUCGCUCAGGAGGAAGUGCUCAACGACACGAGGAUCGUUACGAAAGAGACCGAACAUUGUGUCCCGUUCUGCGCCUCUUCCAUACCCCUCGUCCGCCCAAAGCGUUGAGGAAAGGGUGGGGUGAAGCCCAAUGACAAGGGGUGGCGUCUUGGGCCAUAUUCGAGCGGGCACGUCCGAGUUCAGUCGUAUCAAUCUCUGUGCGGAGCAACGGUGCGAGGGCCGCUAGAGGCCCUCGACGAGAAGGAAACAGCCGACGGAACGAGGAGAAUGCGCUUCGCAGUGAUGCAGUGAUCUGACUGAUCUCCAAAGAGACAGGCAAGACCCCCUUUCCUCGCAUCCAUUUUGACGGAUCGCGUGUUUGGUGUACGGCAACGUGGGUCCCUUGCGCCAAGUCCGUGCCCCUCGUCGCAAGCAAUAGCACACCCCGAAGAGCGCACCAAGCACUCGCAUCGAGCGGCCAAAACCGAGCACAAUCAGCGAGAGGCAUUUCUGGUGUGAGCAUGACCUCAGCGACCUUUCGGUGCUAGCCCAGCUAGAGCAUUGUGUAGCGUGACGCGAGACUCCCAGAGGUGCCGCGAAAGGCAGAGAAGAAGAGCGAGACCAACGGAGCCCAUCUUCGGGUUUCCAAACGAGUACGAUGAUCAAGCCUCGUAUAAUCGAGCUUUGCGAACACUGACAAAGACGUCCGCGCAGGUGACAUCACGACACGCCUCCGAAGAGGCGAGGCGACGUGCUUGAUACCUGCACGAAGGGGAGGAGGAGUACGCGGACCUUCCCACUCGCACGCAUGUCCCAAAUUGACAUGGGCGAGUAUCGAUGGCCUUUGGACUGAAGGGAGAGACUACCACAGCGCGGUCGAAGCAGGGUGGGGCAGUGCGACACACCUAGUGUCGCAAGCGAUGACGCCAAGGCGACAAUCGGGUCCACCGCAAGCGCGAUGCUGACCUUGCCCCGAACGCUUUCUGUGGGCAUCCUAAUGGCGACAAGACUCAGCUAUGCCGUGCGCGCGCAGACUGCGAACCAAAUAUUUGGCCUUCAACAUCCGAAAGGAUACGAAAUGCCAAGAAAAGAAAUGUCCCAAAGCCCGCGGGACCUUGCUACCGCUCCUUGCGGGGCGAUGAACAAGCAAGGGCUCUCGACGCGUCAAGCAGCCGAGAGCCAAACCGCAAAACGAGCGCAUGAGGAUCGUGGAUUACUCUUCCUCUCCAGCGAGCACCUGCGCAUCCUUGGAAUACUUUGAUAGGAGCACAAGCGACUCUAAAGCCAGGAGGGUACUGCCGAGACCAGACCAAAAGCCAAACGAGGCACAGAAUUGCGAGCCGAAGAGAAGAGAAAGUACUUACGGCUGAGUGAGGGGCAUCGUUGCGCUUGUGUGC